AUGAGCGCCAUUGACGCUCUCUACAUGUUUGACGAGCACAACACGCCUCUCCUGGAGCACGUCUACGUCAACCGCCCCCCGCCCUCGAGCAUCCUCCUCCCGCUCUAUCUCGCCCACGCCGACCCCCGCCCGCCGCUCCUCUACCUGCCCAACACAAACCCGCCGACGCUGCUGUACUCCAUCAUACAAGACCAGCUGCUGUUCCUCUGCCCUUCGUCUGCCGACACGGAUCCUCUGGCCAUCCUCUCCUUCCUGCACCGCCUCACCGACGUCCUCGAAGACUACCUGGGCUCCCCCCUGCUGGCCAGCAAGAUCGAGGCAAACUACGAUGUCGUCGCGCAGCUGCUCAGCGAGAUGGUCGAUGGCGGCAUCAUCGCAAACACGGAGCCAAAUGCCCUGAGAGAUGUCGUCGACGCGCCCAACCUGCUCAAGAGUCUCCUGGGAGGCGUCGGACUGCCGUCUACAACCCCGAGCUCACUGACGCCUUCGUCUACGAGCGCAUUUGGCCUGGGUGCCGGAAGGGCGAGCCCGAGGUUAGGCCCAUCGCCCGCUUCGACCCAGGCGGCGUCGCCCGUCCCGUGGAGAAGAGCAAAUGUCAGGCAUACGAGCAACGAAAUGUACGUGGAUAUCGUCGAGACGCUCCAAGUUACCCUGUCGCCGUCGGGUCGACCCCUGGCUGCCAUGGCGAACGGCACCAUCGCAUUCACUGCAAAGGUUUCUGGCGUCCCCGACCUCUUGCUGCAAUUGGGAUGCGCCGGUGGAAUCCAAAACACAGUCUCUCUCCCCGUCUUCCACCCCUGCGUGAGGCUCAAUCAGUGGAAGGCUCGGCCUGGAGAACUCUCGUUUGUACCUCCAGACGGCCGCUUCGUGCUAGCAGGCUACGAGGUCGACCUUCUGGGCCCCUCUGCCCUCGAGUCUUUCUCGACAGAAAAGUCGGCCAGGAAUACAGCACCCAGACUCAACAUCCCCGCCACCGUCUCGGUCCACCCGUCCCUCGGCCCAACUGGUUCAGACUUUGAGCUGCUGUUCCUCUGCCCUUCGUCUGCCGACACGGAUCCUCUGGCCAUCCUCUCCUUCCUGCACCGCCUCACCGACGUCCUCGAAGACUACCUGGGCUCCCCCCUGCUGGCCAGCAAGAUCGAGGCAAACUACGAUGUCGUCGCGCAGCUGCUCAGCGAGAUGGUCGAUGGCGGCAUCAUCGCAAACACGGAGCCAAAUGCCCUGAGAGAUGUCGUCGACGCGCCCAACCUGCUCAAGAGUCUCCUGGGAGGCGUCGGACUGCCGUCUACAACCCCGAGCUCACUGACGCCUUCGUCUACGAGCGCAUUUGGCCUGGGUGCCGGAAGGGCGAGCCCGAGGUUAGGCCCAUCGCCCGCUUCGACCCAGGCGGCGUCGCCCGUCCCGUGGAGAAGAGCAAAUGUCAGGCAUACGAGCAACGAAAUGUACGUGGAUAUCGUCGAGACGCUCCAAGUUACCCUGUCGCCGUCGGGUCGACCCCUGGCUGCCAUGGCGAACGGCACCAUCGCAUUCACUGCAAAGGUUUCUGGCGUCCCCGACCUCUUGCUGCAAUUGGGAUGCGCCGGUGGAAUCCAAAACACAGUCUCUCUCCCCGUCUUCCACCCCUGCGUGAGGCUCAAUCAGUGGAAGGCUCGGCCUGGAGAACUCUCGUUUGUACCUCCAGACGGCCGCUUCGUGCUAGCAGGCUACGAGGUCGACCUUCUGGGCCCCUCUGCCCUCGAGUCUUUCUCGACAGAAAAGUCGGCCAGGAAUACAGCACCCAGACUCAACAUCCCCGCCACCGUCUCGGUCCACCCGUCCCUCGGCCCAACUGGUUCAGACUUUGAGGUCAAACUCCUGCUCAACCCCCGUUUCACAGGCAAAUCCUCGGCCUUUUCGCAGUCGAGCGCCGCAAAAGCCAGUCUGGCGCGAGCUGCCGCUUCGACGGGCACGACAGCCGCGCCCGCCAUUGAAGAAAUGCUCAUCCACAUUCCGCUGCCCGCGACGGUCAAAAACGUCGUCGACAUACGCGUCGCACGCGGCCUGGGCGACGCAGGCUACGCGCCCGGCGACCGAGCCAUCGAAUGGCGCAUCAGCAGCCGCGAAGUCACGACGCUCAUGGCCCAGGAUCGCGGCGGCGGCAUCGGCGUAACCGCCACGCUGCGCGGCACCGUCGUGGGCCAGGACGACGCCUCUGCUGACGACGCCCUCGACGGAGGCGGGCCCGUCUCCUUCUCCACGUCUACCUACGACUACGAUGACAGCGACACGCUAGCCCAGCCCUCGCUUCCAGCCCCUUCCUCAUCGUCGACACGCGCCCCCCAGCCGGACUCGGAUGCAAAAAUCAAGCUCGCGAAUAAGGUGCUCAUGCCUAGUUGUGCUACCGUCAGCUUCUCCGUCAAGGGCUGGCUGCCCAGCGGUAUCAAGGUUGAGAGCUUAAAUGUCGAUCAGAGGAGGAGCAAGGGUCUGGGAAGCGGUGUUACGCCUUACAAGGGUGUCAAGUAUCUUUGUGUGAGCCGCCAGGGCGUCGAGUGUAGAUGCUAGUGGUGUAUGUACUUUAGCUGCACUGCCAUCAUUGUGUAUGUGUGUGUGUGUGUAUGUUAUAGACUCUU